GGGCCUGCCUCGCCGGCCGCGGCCCGCUCCCGGGCCUGUCCCCGCGAUGGCGGUGGGAGUGAGCGGGCCGUAGGGACCCUCUCGCCGGCUGCCCGCGCUGCGGUGCACGGCUGUUUCUCCGCAGACCCCGCCUUGCCCCUCGGCGGCUCCUGCCUGGUCCCGGGGAGUUCCUGGCCGGGGUUAGGGGCUCCCUGCCAGGUCCCGCUCUAGAAGGGUUGUCACGGCGGGGCGCUGAGGCGGGUGACACUGGGCCACGCUUGGAGGCCUUCCCCUUUCUGCCUUCCUCCCGAGUUCCGUCGUGGAGGCUCAGCCGGCAGCGAAAGCGCGGGGGGCUGCGGGGUUCUGUCACGGCAGUCGGUGGGGAGGCUCAUCGUGAGACCGCAGCGCCCUGUCCAGCAGGUGGCAUGAAACGUCCUGUUCAUACGCAUAUACAUGAGGAAUGUGCUUGGCACACCUUGAUAAGUUACUUUGGCCUAAACAUCGAUUACCUCUUGUAAAAACCUAAAUGGCAGCUCAAAAAAGGAAGUCUAUGUUAGUAGAGCCUUCUGCUAAACGUCCAAAGCUGGACAAGACCAGCAAACCAUCAUCAAAGAAGGAAAAAGAGGUGUCGGAUACAAAACAUGUCUCAAAUAAGUCAAAGCCUAAUUGGUGUGUGGUGCAGGAGAAAACUGUACUCAAAACAUCUGUCAAAUCAAACAGUGACAACACCAAUGAACUUGAACUAGGAACGCGUAUGACUACAAGAUCUUCAGCACUGAACUCGAACAAUAAAACUACACCUGACAAAAAGAUCCAACAGCAGCCUAAAUCUGCAAAAAACAAGGAAGUAUGCCAGAAAAAAUCCAUGCAAGAAAUUCCUAUGUCAAAAUGCCUAAUUGUGCCAAAUGAGCCAGUAACAAGGAGAUCGCAGAGACUGCAGCAGUUAACACAUGUACAUGUACCAGCAAGAUCCCUGCGCAGCAGAGAAGUUAAAGAAGAAAAAGCUUUGGAAGUUAAACAGAGUAGCCAGGCAAAAAGACAGACCCAGAGUGUUGCAGCAAAAGCCCUUAAAUCUGUUGGAGAGAAAACAGGACAGAAAAACAAAAAAACGAAGCCAAACAAUACAAAAGAGGAUAAAGAAAUACAUGUAGAAGUGACCAGCUUCCUGAAAGAGAAAAAAAGUAAAGCAGACAUUAAAAAUGGUAAUUCCAACAGCUUUCAGCAAAACCCUCAAGGGUCAUCAUUAUGUCCUGAUGAAAGGCUGAAGGAAGUUAAGAAGGACCAAACGGGCCCUGUAUCUCCUAUUGAUAGCAAUGCAAAGAAAGUGGAAGCAGACUCUCUUAAGCUAAAUUCCAAGACAGUAACUAAGGAAAAACAACAAAUGCAUCAGAACAUAAAAAGCAGUACAAAACAAAAAAAGAUUUCACAGCCCUCUGUAAGUGAAACAAAUGUGGCUGAUCCACCAGAGAAUGAUGCAAAAUCCAAAAGGGUGAGCAUCCUUGAACUCUGUGAAGAAAUCGCAGGUGAGAUUGAGUCAGAUACAGUGGAGGUGAAAAAGGAUUCCCCUAAUGCCAAGCAUAGCAGAACAGAAGAAAAGCAUGCCGACAUACAGCUUCAACAAAGUGAAAUGCUUACUCAAACGGAAUCUAGUCAAAGUACGCAAUGCAAACGGUUUUUCCCUAGCAAAAAAGGAAUGCCUGUCAAAUGCACUCUAAAUGGUAGAAAUAAUGCCUCAAACAAAAACUCUAAGUGGACCAAAAUUAAAUUACUGAAAGCUAGUAACAUGAAGCACAGUAACUUAAAUUCUGCAAAUGCCCCCAAGCUUUCUUUGUUAAAGGAUUACCGUGAAGUUUCAGAGGCAACUCAAAUAGCUACAGAAGUAGAGCUUUCAAAAGCACAAGGCAACCUGUCAAUAACAGGACUCUCUGAGAAUGAAAGUGUAACUUGUGUGCAGGAGAAAUCAGAUCUAUCAUCUGAAAGAGCUGGAGCUAAAGAAGUGACAUUAGAAAUAAAACAGCCCACAAAGAAAGGUGCAGAAAAUGGUUUGUUGCAUAAUUUGACAAAACAUUUAUGCGAACCAAGGCCAGAUGAGACCUUUAGACAUUUGGAAUCAAGUCCAGACAGUUCUCCACUAAAGUAUGUUACAGCUCCUAAACCACCAAAACAAUUAAAAAAAGAACCUGGAGAAAGUGAAUCUCAAGGUUUGGCUCCCAAGCAGUUGACACAAGCUUCACUGACAAAUCAAACUUCUGAAACUGAGGACAGGGUUCCGUUGUCAAAUCCGUCAUUAGCAUCAAAAUGCAGUAACUUCAUACCAUCUGAGGAACAUAUUCAGAAGCUAAAAGAAGCAGGAAAAGAUAUUGACAAGCAGCUGAUCAUAGAUGCAGGACAGAAGAGGUUUGGUGCUAUUUCCUGUAAUAUUUGUGGAAUGCUUUACACUGCGUCAAAUCCAGAGGAUGAAACCCAACAUCUGCUAUUUCAUAACCAGUUCAUAAGUGCUGUAAAAUAUGUGGGUUGGAAAAAGGAGAGAAUUUUGGCUGAAUAUCCUGAUGGAAAGAUAAUAAUGGUUCUUCCUGAUGACCCAAAGUAUGCACUUAAAAAGGUUGAAGAAAUUAGAGAAAUGGUAGACAAUGACUUGGGAUUCCAGCAAGCUCCUCUCAUGUGUUACUCUAGAACUAAAACUCUCCUUUUUAUUUCUAAUGACAAAAAAGUUAUCGGCUGUUUAAUUGCAGAACAUAUCCAGUGGGGCUAUCGAGUUAUAGAGGAGAAGGUUCCAGAAGUCAGUUCAGAAAAUGAGAAAGUCAUAUUUGAAAGACAGAAAGCAUGGUGCUGUUCCACUUCUCCAGAGCCUGCUAUUUGUGGGAUUAGUCGAAUAUGGGUAUUCAGCAUGAUGCGUCGGAAGAAGAUUGCUUCUCGGAUGAUAGAGUGUCUCAGGAGCAACUUCAUCUAUGGCUCAUACUUAAGUAAAGAAGAAAUUGCUUUCUCUGACCCCACUCCUGAUGGAAAACUCUUUGCAACACAGUACUGUGGCACCGGCCAGUUCCUGGUAUACAACUUCCUCAAUGGACAGCACCAGACUUAACUGCUCCCGAAGGAAUUCUGUUUUUAUCGGGAGACUUCUGCCAAACGCACUGGGUGGGUGCAGACCUUCAGCAGAAGCCAGGGCCAUUUUUACUACAGUGAACUCAGGACUGGUAACAACCGAAAGGUUGUACUAUUUUAUUAAAAUUGUAAACAAUGCAGUAAUAGGCUAACUUUUUUUUUCUAAAAGAAAGAUAUUUUAUUAACUUUUGCAAAAGUUUGAUUGUAUUUUAUCUAGUUAGUCAUGUUUACAUGCAGCAGAAAACUGUUCAUAGUGGACUGUAAACUAAUGCAAAGACUCUAGCCUCCUUGAUGAGUACAUGCUGAAGUUCUUAAUACGGUGAUAUACCAGUAUGUGUCGGUGCUGUAGCACUGGUCUGUUGCCACCCUUCCAGCAGGGGUUGCUGGCUGGACAGAGUUGGAGGAUACACCCAAUUGCCUUGAGGCAAGAAGCUUUCCAGUGCAGUCCCUGUGGGUGACAGCCCUCAGAGACUGCACGAUGGUUCCUGGGGUUUGUGCUGGGCCCAGCUGGGUGUGAGGGAGCCUGUGAGGUGACAGUAGCAUUGGAAACUUGUUCUACCCCACCUUGCUGCUCCUCCCCUAGAUGCAGUGUAGGGUAAAAGGCAGAACAAAAGCCCCAGGGACUGAUGUAAUCAUCCUUUUCCUUCAAGUUCUGUACUGGGUAUAUCCCUUUGUUAGUGGACUUCACCUUGAUACUUGUCACUCGUUCAAAAUCUCCUCUUUUAAAGGGUUUGUAUGUUGAAAAACUGCUGUGGCCUUUCUUGAUCUGUACAUAAUGUAGAUAGGUUAAAAAUAAAACACUUGAUAGCUUUUUUUCAAGUUA